AUGAACAGCGCGGGCGCAUCUAACGUCAGAAGGGGUGAAUUUCGCGGAAAGGGUGGAUUACCGGCAGCACGUUUAAACUUGAGCAAUAGCAAUUACUGCAAAGGCUCUCGGUUUGACACCUCAUGGGAAACUCAGCCCAUCUCCGUAUGUUAUAUGCUACGUCUACCUGUGCCAGAUGCACAAUAA